GAACCCUGACGAAGAAGCCGGAAUCCCAAACCCGUAGCUGAACUGCUAGGGGCUGCGCAGGCGCACAGGACAGGCCGGGCAGGAAGACCCGAAGCGGGCAGGCGACGGAAAAAUCCGAGGUGCAUAGUCGCCCGAGGCCGUUGCCGACCUCCGCGUCGAAGCGCGGAAGCCCAUCCUUCUUCUGUACGCUGCUGCCACUGCGGCUGCCGCCUCUCCUUCUUCCACCCUGAACCGCAGCCUCCUCUCUGAGGGAGCAGUAAAACGGGGAAACUCAGCAAACUCCGCGCCUAAAGCUUCCGCUGGGCCUCACAAGACCUGAGCGGGAAAGGGAAGGAGAGACGGGGAAGUGGGGUGGGGCCAGGCGGGUCCGACAAUAGCCGAGUGCUGCCGAGGAAGCCCGAGGCGCCAGGCCAGGCCAGAGCCGGACUACGGGAGCCGAGGCGGGCCGCGCGAGGAAGCGCGGCAGGCCUGGCUGGCGGCGGCAGCGGCGAAGAAGGCCGCGGUAGCGGGUCCUAGGAGCGGAAGCGACGCGGGAGGCGGCGGGGGGCCGGUAGCCAGGGUCCCGAGCCCCGCGGCGGCGGCGACAGCAGCGGCGGCGGCGGCAGGAUGAUCAAGCUGUUCUCGCUGAAGCAGCAGAAGAAGGAGGAGGAGUCUGCUGGCGGCACCAAGGGCAGCAGCAAGAAGGCGUCGGCAGCGCAGCUGCGGAUCCAGAAGGAUAUAAACGAACUAAACCUGCCCAAAACGUGUGACAUCAGCUUCUCAGACCCAGACGACCUCCUCAACUUCAAGCUGGUUAUCUGUCCUGAUGAGGGCUUCUAUAAGAGUGGAAAGUUUGUGUUCAGUUUUAAGGUGGGCCAAGGUUACCCACAUGACCCCCCCAAGGUGAAGUGUGAGACUAUGGUUUAUCACCCCAACAUUGACCUCGAGGGCAACGUCUGCCUCAACAUCCUCAGAGAGGACUGGAAGCCAGUCCUUACGAUAAACUCCAUAAUUUAUGGCCUGCAGUAUCUCUUCUUGGAGCCUAACCCCGAGGACCCACUGAACAAGGAGGCCGCUGAAGUCCUGCAGAACAACCGGCGGCUAUUUGAGCAGAACGUGCAGCGCUCCAUGCGAGGUGGCUACAUUGGCUCCAUCUAUUUUGAGCGCUGCCUGAAAUAGGGUCUGCACAUACCCACCCUGCCAGGGUCACCAGCCCAGGCAUCCCCUGCAAAUAUUUAUUGGGGGACACGGGAGGUGGGUGGGAUAUGGCCUUGGAGGAAUCUCUGCCUUGGCCUUGCCUCCCCUCCUUGCCACCAGCCCCUAGGUAUUUUUUUUUAACCACCACUUGAUUCUGGUCGGCACUUCCACCCCCGACCUUUUCAGCGAUGGGAAAUGAAUUGGUUUGUCUAGCCCCACGAUGGGUGCUUUCCAGCCCCCGACUCUGGGCUGUGGGGUGUGAAGGCCAGGGGCCUGGAUAGCUAGCUGGGCCCAGGCAACCCCCCUUUCCACCGCCGGAGAUCAUAGCAGGCUAUUAAAGGGGAAUGUUACUGCA